ACCAUACCAGCCAUGCUCGCCUUGAGCGCAGUUGCUAUUGCCGCUCCUACUGCCGACAAGGGUCAGGGCAACAAGUACCAGAAGGAGUGCAAGAAAGACUGGGACAACAAGUGGAAGAACGACGAGUGGAAGAAGACCGAGAAGCUCUUCUACUUCGACGCCGAAUACGUCGUCAAGGCCACCCCCGACCAGGUCAUCUCCACAGCCGGUGCCCCCACCCCUGGCCAGCCAGGCGCAAAGGGUAUCUUCAAGUAUGGCAUCAACAUCAAGGAGAACACCAUCUGCUACAACAUCACCCUCAGCGGUGUCACUGGCAACUACCAGUCCCCCGCCGUCACCGCCACUCACAUCCACGAGGCUAUCAAGGGCAAGGCUGGACCUCCCCGUCUGGCUUUCCCCAACCCCACUGGAUCUGAUGACCGCCGUACCUCGUACGGCUGCCUGAAGGGUCCCUUCUUCGUCGGCACCAACAGCACCCAGGGAGCCGACAACGCUGCUGGCUUCCACGUCCGACAGAUCGUCGCCAACCCCAGCGGUUUCUUCACUGAUACCCACACCUCGCAGUUCACCCAGGGUGCUGUCCGCGGUCAGCUU